AUGCCGGCUGUUGUAAUCGCUAACAAUGGCGACAUGCCAGAGUUCGAAGGCAGGAUAACAUUCAAUGUCAUCUUAUGCGCGGUAAUUGCGGCUUGUGGAGGUUUAAUGUUUGGCUACGACAUUGGAGUUUCAGGAGGUGUUACAGCGAUGGAUGAUUUCUUAAAGAAAUUCUUUCCUGACGUAUGGGAAAGGAAGCAACAUGUUCAUGAAAAUAAUUACUGUAAAUAUGACAAUCAAAUGCUGCAAUUGUUCACAUCCUCCCUGUACAUAGCCGCUCUUAUAGCCAGCUUUUUCGCAUCAAAGACGUGCUCAAAGUAUGGCCGAAAGCCCACCAUGCAGCUUGCAUCUCUUUUCUUCAUCGGUGGUGUUGUUUUGACAACAUUUGCAGUAAAUAUUGAAAUGCUAAUCAUCGGGAGACUUCUUCUUGGAUUGGGAGUUGGAUUCGCCAAUCAGGCAGUACCAUUGUUUCUAUCAGAAUUAGCUCCAGCCAAGAUCCGUGGAGCACUUAACGUUAGCUUCCAACUCUUCAUAACAAUCGGAAUCUUGAUUGCCAAUGUCAUCAACUACGUAGUUGGUAAAAUUCAUCCCUAUGGAUUUCGAAUUUCGCUAGGAAUGGCAGGCGUACCAGCUUUAUUACUAUGCCUAGGUUCGCUUGCCAUUUAUGAGACUCCAACAAGCCUUAUCGAGCGCAAGAAAUUAAAGCAAGGAAGGGAGGUACUUAAAAAGAUCAGGGGCGUAGAUGAUGUUGAUCUUGAGUAUGAUUCAAUCGUGCAUGCUUGCGAGGUGGCAAGCCAAUUUACCCAGCCCUACCAUAAACUGAUGAAGAGAGAAAGUAGACCCCCACUAGUGAUAGCAAUCAUGAUGCAAGUGUUCCAGCAAUUCACUGGCAUCAAUGCCAUUAUGUUCUAUGCACCUGUUCUCUUCCAGACAGUCGGAUUUGGGAAUGACGCUUCAUUGUUUUCCGCGGUUGUGACUGGCCUUGUCAAUGUUCUGAGCACCAUUGUUUCGGUAGUUCUGGUUGAUAAGGUCGGUAGAAGGCCUUUGCUACUUGAAGCUUGUUUGCAGAUGCUUAUCACCCAGUGUAUAAUUGGAGGGAUCCUAAUGAAAGAUUUGAAGAUAACUGGCGACCUACCCAGUGGAGAAGCAUGGGUGGUGGUGAUAAUGGUAUGCGUCUUUGUUGCUGGGUUUGCGUGGUCAUGGGGUCCUCUUGGUUGGUUAAUUCCAAGUGAGACCUUCCCUCUCGAGACCAGAACAGCCGGGUAUUCCUUCGCAGUCAGCUCCAACAUGCUUUUCACCUUUAUAAUUGCACAAGCUUUCUUGUCCAUGCUAUGCCAUUUGAGAGCGGGGAUUUUCUUCUUCUUUGCUUCAUGGAUUGUGAUAAUGGGACUAUUUGCUCUGUUUUUGCUCCCUGAGACCAAAGGCGUACCUGUUGACGAAAUGGUUGAGAGAGUUUGGAAGCAGCAUUGGUUCUGGAAGCGAUUCUUCAAGGAGGAACAAGUUGUGCAAAGAGAAACUCAGAUGAUUUACCCACAUUUGACAUAA